AUGGUGAGACCGGAUGUGACAACGGGGCGAGAUAUUCCGGAUCAUACGGGGCACGAAGCAGUGGCUCAACUAGCCAAAGAGUGGCAUGAGGAGUGCAAAGAAAAUCAUGCAUGCGGGGACUUUUAUAAGCACAGGCAGGUUGGAUGGUACCCCAAACGCCUCGUUCAUGUCGGCCAUGAUGGUCGGCGACCACGUCUAGUCCUACGGGACGAAGAUGACCUCCGCGGUCCCUAUGCAACCUUGAGCCACUGCUGGGGUGAAAAUCCCGAGUUCUUCAUGUUGAAUGCAGACAAUCUGGAAGAUCUCCGCAAAGAAAUUCCUCUCGAACGACUAGCCGCAAGUUUCCGGGACACCAUCCUAACCUGUCAACGUCUGCAGAUACCGUAUGUAUGGAUCGACUCUCUCUGCAUCCUCCAAGCUGGGUCCACCUCUCAAUUGGACUGGCUGUUUCAUGCCAAUGAGAUGCAUAAGGUCUAUCUAAAUUGCGAACUCAACAUUGCGAUCGAUGUCUCGGCGAAUCCGCAUGAGGGUGCCUUUCGCCAGAGGAAUCCACGCAUUCUACAAGACUGCUUCAUAUGGACGCCAUUCCAUAGCUAUUCGGAUUUUCCUCAGGAGAGUCUAGAAAGGGAACCAAACACCGAAUCAGAAAACAAGGCCUUGUUUGAUCCACAACAUCGUGAACGAUCGUCUCCCUCAGAAAAAGCUCAGGUAAAUCUCUGCGCGAUAUUUACCAAAGAGGACUUCUCUUAUUCCCGUUUGAACCUCCCUCUCAGUCAACGCGCAUGGGUGUUUCAAGAAGCUGUCCUAUCAGCCAGAACCCUGCAUUUUGGGAGUGACCGUAUUUGGUGGGCAUGUGCUAAAAGAACGACCCUCUCCGAAUGCAUGCCUAACAGCGUAGCCAAUAACACAGGGCAGGGUUUUGACUGCCUCUAUCAGUCGAGUUUCAAUAUUGAGAGAGGUAGCUCCAACACUCUAAUCUUAUACUUUGAGUACUUAACGAACUAUACGGACCGAGAACUCUCUCACCCCAGAGAAGACAAAUUGGUUGCCUUUGCUGCCAUUGCUCGCCUAUGUGCCCCUUGGUUUGGCGGAGACUACUGUGCGGGAAUUUUCCGCAACAUCAUGCCUUGGGGACUGCUCUGGUAUUCACACCCAGAAGCCUUCACUCCACGGCCAGGCAGCUACCGUGCUCCGUCCUGGAGCUGGGCGAGCUUAGACAAUCGUGUCUUUUUCCAGUUUUACGAUCGUGAACCAAACAUCCUGGCUCAUGUUAUGGAUGUUUCAGUACAACUAGUAGACACAAGUGAUCCAUUUGGUCAAGUCAAAUCUGCCGCUGUGACUUUGCGGGGACCGUUGAUCUCGUCCCAAGCCCUGGUUGGCAAAGGUUCAACUACGCAAUCCAGGUUGACAGUGCCUACUCUACUACAUGAAAAGAUAUGGCUGGAACCAGAUGAUUACUAUUGGUCGUUUCGCUCCUCGCAGCGAGAGCAACAUCCAGACUACUACCCUUCUCUGGGGAAGAAUCUCCACUUUCUUUGCAUUGGAGAGGUGGAGUGCAGCCCUAUGUGGAAAACUACCUCUGGCACGUAUGGUCUGUUGUUACGGAAAGUUGACAACGGGAGCUUUCUACGGAUGGGUAGAUGGGUAGCAAGAGUUGGAUUUAUCAAGCGUCAUGCCGGAACGGAGUGUGAGUUACGACCAGAAACCAUUACUAUACUCUAG